CUCGUCGGCCCCGCGGCGCUGGAUCCCUGACGCACGGAGCUCGAGAGCGAGAGCGAGAGAGAAAGGGGCAGAAAUGGCGGCUCCGCUUGGCUCCCGCUGAGGAGGGUGAAGCCGGUGGAGGGUCUGAGCUGUCGGCCUGGAGCAUCGCUCCCGCUUCCCGCUUUCUGCCUUCUCACGCCUACUUCUCUUCCUCUGCCCUACUCUCGCCUGUCCUCGUCUACGCUCCGCAGAGUGCGGGUCGGCUCGUCUCUCCCGGCCCGGCUCCACUGGCCCUGAUUGCCCGGCCGGCGGGCCGGCCUUCCUUGGCUCUCCCGGGAGCGGCGGGCGCGGUGUGGACCCCGUCCCCCUGGCUGGACCAUGGUGAACACCCGGAAGAGCUCUCUGCGUCUUCUCGGGUCCAAGUCGCCUGGGCCCGGGCCUGGGCCUGGGGCCGGAGCAGAGCCUGGGGCGACCGGAGGCAGCAGCCAUUUCAUCUCCUCUCGGACCCGCUCCUCCAAGACCCGCGCUGCCAGCUGCCCCGGCGCCAAGGCCGGGGGAAGCGGUGGCUCCGGCGUCGCUCUGGAAGAGGCCCGGAAAGCUGAAGUCGAUGGUAGUUUAAGUGAUAGCCAUGUGUCUCCUCCAGCCAAACGCACUUUGAAACAACCUGAUUCUGUUUGCAAAGACAAAUCAAAAUCACGAAGUACUGGUCAGCGAGAGGAAUGGAACAUAUCAACUGGACAGGCCAGGUUAACUUCUCAGCCUGGUGCUACAUUACCAAACGGACAUAGUAGCUUAUCCCUUCGAAGCCAUCCCCUUCGAGGGGAAAAGAAGGGAGAUGGGGACCUUUCUUGUAUAAAUGGUGAUAUGGAAGUCAGAAAAAGUUGUCGUUCCAGGAAAAACAGAUUUGAAAGCGUGAACCAGAGUUUGUUAUUUGAUCAACUAGUGAAUAGUACUGCUGAAGCUGUACUACAGGAAAUGGACAACAUUAACAUCAGACGGAAUCGUCGGUCAGGAGAAGUAGAAAGACUUAGAAUGUGGACUGAUACAGAAUUUGAAAACAUGGAUAUGUAUUCAAGAGUGAAAAGGCGAAGAAAAUCACUGAGAAGAAAUAGUUAUGGGAUACAGAAUCAUCAUGAGGUCUCCACUGAGGGUGAAGAAGAAGAAUCUCAAGAGGAAGAUGGAGAUAUAGAAGUUGAAGAGGCAGAAGGAGAAGAAAAUGAUAGACCAUAUAAUUUGAGACAAAGGAAAACAGUGGAUCGAUACCAAGCACCUCCAAUAGUACCGGCUCAUCAAAAAAAGAGGGAAAACACACUGUUUGAUAUUCAUAGAUCUCCAGCAAGAAGAAGCCAUAUCAGGAGAAAGAAGCAUGCCAUUCAUAGUAGUGACACAACUUCUUCUGAUGAAGAACGCUUUGAAAGGAGGAAAUCAAAAAGCAUGGCAAGAGCAAGAAAUAGGUGUUUGCCUAUGAACUUCAGAGCAGAAGAUUUAGCUAGUGGUAUUCUCCGAGAACGUGUCAAAGUGGGUGCAAGCUUGGCUGAUGUUGAUCCAAUGAACAUUGAUAAAUCAGUGCGGUUUGAUAGCAUAGGUGGAUUGAGCCAUCAUAUUCAUGCACUAAAGGAAAUGGUAGUAUUCCCACUUCUAUAUCCGGAAAUUUUUGAAAAGUUUAAGAUCCAGCCUCCAAGGGGCUGUUUGUUUUAUGGCCCUCCUGGCACAGGUAAAACCUUGGUUGCCAGAGCAUUAGCUAAUGAGUGCAGUCAAGGAGACAAAAAGGUCGCUUUUUUUAUGCGAAAAGGAGCAGACUGUCUGAGCAAGUGGGUUGGUGAAUCUGAACGGCAACUUCGGCUUCUUUUUGAUCAGGCAUAUUUGAUGAGACCUUCCAUAAUAUUUUUUGAUGAAAUAGAUGGAUUGGCUCCAGUUCGCUCCAGCAGACAAGAUCAGAUCCACAGCUCUAUAGUGUCAACCCUCCUUGCUCUAAUGGAUGGAUUAGAUAAUAGGGGUGAAAUUGUUGUUAUUGGUGCUACAAACAGACUUGAUUCUAUAGAUCCUGCUCUUAGGAGACCGGGUCGUUUUGACAGAGAAUUCCUUUUCAACCUGCCUGAUCAAAAGGCAAGAAAACACAUUUUACAAAUCCAUACCAGGGAUUGGAACCCAAAAUUGUCAGAUGCUUUUUUAGGUGAACUGGCUGAAAAAUGUGUUGGCUAUUGUGGAGCUGAUAUCAAGGCCCUGUGCACUGAAGCUGCCCUGAUUGCCCUGCGGAGGCGUUACCCCCAGAUCUAUGCUAGCAGUCAUAAACUGCAGCUAGAUGUUUCCUCAAUAGUGCUCAAUGCCCAAGAUUUUUACCAUGCAAUGCAGAAUAUUGUGCCUGCUUCUCAGCGUGGUGUCAUGUCUUCGGGACAUGCACUAUCCCCCAUCAUAAAACCACUGCUGGAAAGAAGCUUCAACAACAUCCUAGCAGUCUUGCAAAAAGUGUUUCCUCAUGCUGAAAUUAGCCAGAGUGACAAGAAGGAAGAUAUAGAAACUCUGAUUUUAGAUGAUAGUGAAGAUGAGAACGCUUUAUCAAUUUUUGAGACCAGUUGUCACUCAGGAUCACCAAAGAAACAGUCAUCAGCUGCUGCUGUACAUAAACCCUACCUUCAUUUUACAAUGUCACCAUAUCAUCAGCCAACCUCUUACAGGCCAAGAUUAUUGCUGUCUGGAGAACGGGGCUCAGGUCAAACUUCUCACCUUGCUCCAGCACUUUUGCACACUCUAGAAAAGUUCUCUGUGCACAGACUAGAUCUCCCAGCACUUUAUUCAGUUAGUGCCAAAACACCUGAAGAAUCAUGUGCACAGAUUUUUCGUGAAGCUCGAAGAACAGUACCUAGUAUUGUUUACAUGCCUCACAUUGGUGAUUGGUGGGAAGCUGUCAGUGAAACUGUGAGAGCUACUUUUCUGACAUUGCUACAAGAUAUACCAUCAUUUUCACCUAUAUUUUUAUUGUCUACCUCUGAAACCAUGUACAGUGAGCUGCCUGAAGAGGUUAAAUGUAUCUUUAGAAUACAGUAUGAAGAGGUCUUGUAUAUUCAAAGGCCUAUUGAAGAAGACAGAAGAAAAUUUUUCCAAGAAUUGAUUCUCAAUCAGGCAUCAAUGGCUCCACCACGGAGGAAACACACUGGUCUUUGUGCUAUGGAAGUGCUUCCCCUUGCACUACCUUCUCCACCUCGUCAAUUAUCAGAAUCAGAAAAAAACCGAAUGGAGGACCAGGAGGAAAAUACUUUAAGAGAGUUGCGGUUGUUUCUCAGGGAUGUAACCAAGAGGCUGGCCACAGAUAAACGCUUUAACAUCUUCAGCAAACCGGUGGAUAUUGAAGAGGUUUCAGAUUAUCUUGAAGUAAUCAAGGAACCAAUGGAUUUAUCAACAGUAAUAACUAAAAUUGAUAAGCAUAAUUACUUGACUGCUAAGGAUUUUCUGAAAGAUAUUGACCUCAUCUGUAGCAAUGCUCUAGAGUAUAAUCCAGAUAAGGACCCAGGAGAUAAAAUAAUUAGGCACAGGGCUUGUACCCUGAAGGACACUGCACAUGCCAUCAUUGCAGCGGAAUUGGAUCCAGAAUUUAAUAAACUCUGUGAAGAAAUUAAGGAAGCAAGAAUAAAAAGAGGCUUAUCAGUAACAGCAGAACAAAUAAAUCCUCAUGGCACUGGAGCUCGGAAGACUGAAACUAGAGUUGAAGAGGCAUUUCGGCACAAACAAAGAAAUCCAUUGGAUGUCUGGCACAACUCUGCAAAUAAAUGUGCAUUUCGAGUUCGAAGAAAAUCAAGGCGGCGAUCACAGUGGGGUAAAGGAAUUAUUAAGAAAAGGAAAGUCAAUAAUUUAAAAAAAGAUGAAGAGGACACUAAAUUUGCAGACUACGAGAACCAUACAGAGGACAGGAAGUUGCUAGAGAAUGGAGAGUUUGAGGUAAGCACUGACUGCCAUGAAGAAAAUGGCGAAGAGACCGGAGACCUCUCUAUGACCAACGAUGAAUCAUCAUGUGACAUCAUGGACAUGGACCAGGGGCAGAGGCUUAACAAUGGAGCGGGCACGAAGGAGAACUUUGCAUCUACUGAAGAGGAAAGUUCCAAUGAGUCUCUGCUCAUCAACAGCAGCGGUUCUCUAAAUCCAGAACAGACCUCUAGGAAAGAGCCUUUCCUUAAAGGAAGCUGUCUCAAUGGUGAGGCCUCCACUGACAGUUUUGAAGGAAUACCAGUUCUGGAGUGUCAGAAUGGCAAAGCUGAAGUAGUCUCUUUCUGUGGUAGUGGUGACAAAUGUAGUUCUGAACAAAAGAUUGUCCCAGAGGACCAGUCAAAAGAAAAACCAGAAACUUCGAAUGAACAUCAUGGAGAUGAUCCUGAGAAACUAGAUGCCCUGGAAUGUAGCAGUAACGAGAAGUUAGAACCCAGCCCCGAAGUGGAGGUUAAAGAUGCAGAACUGGAUAAAGAAGGUGCUUCUAAAGUAAAGAAAUACCGUAAGUUAAUUUUAGACCAGGCAAAAACAACAAGCCUGGAACUGGUUCCAGAAGAGCCGUCUGAGCCUGUGCCGCCUCUUAUAGUUGAUCAUGAGAGAUUGAAGAAAUUGCUUGAUUUAUUGGUAGAUAAAAGCAACAAUCUUGCAGUUGAUCAACUUGAGAGAUUAUAUUCUCUUCUUAGUCAAUGCAUCUAUCGUCAUCGUAAAGAUUAUGACAAAUCACAACUUAUAGAGGAGAUGGAAAGAACAGUUCAUAUGUUUGAGACAUUCCUAUGAACUUUUCAAGAUGAGUGGUUUAUCCUCUCCCAUCUGCUCCUGACAGAGCAGUCUUCUGAGCCAUUCAAUUUCAAAUUGCACCAAUUAUGUGCAGAGCCUUGGUGUAAAGUGCUCUCUCACUCAUUCUUUCUCUCUGUUGAAUUUGGUGCUAUUGUCUCAGGUACCUGAAACCAACCAGCCUACAAGAACCAAACAGAACUUCAGAAACAUGUUGUAUUUUCCACAAAUAAAAAAUACAACCCCACAGAUUGGAGAUUUUGGUGCUACAGAAACUGCUCUCACUUCUGCUCCUCUUUUCGUGCACUCUCUUUUGGAGACUUCUCUCUUAGGGAGCAGACCAGCAAACAGGAGGAAACUGGAUGGGGCAGUUCUAACUGUGUUGAAUUGUUUAAACAGUGGGCAACCUGUUUCGUUUCCUUUUUUUGUUUUGUUUUGUUUUUCUUUCUCCUUUUUACUCCUUUUAGCAUAUUUGUUUUUAUUUGUUCCUCUGGGUAAUGGACUGAAACCUGUUUUAGAGUUGGCUAUGGUAUAUUCUGGUGGGAAACUGAAGAAACUGGAUGAAAUUAGAUUAGGCUCUUUAGAACUGCCUUUAAUGUGCCUUUUAAUUCAUUUGAGAAAGAUAAGGCUAAACAAAGGAAUGGGCUUGUUUGUAGCAAAUGAAUUAGAAUGUCUCUUUGGUCACAACCUUGAAAAUAAGUUUUGAUACACUGUGUCAUUAAGAGGCAACCAGUGUUUUGGUAUAAAAUGCUUGUCUUGUUUUCCAAACUCAAAUCAAGACAAUAAGCCACAUGAUAUAUUAAAAUGGUAAGUUUUCCUGUAUGGUCUGUUUCUGUUUAAGAAACACAUAAUAAAACAACAACAACAAAUAAUACGCAGUCCACCAAAAAACUUACAAACUUUACAGUAUUGCUGACAAUGAUGACCAGAAAUUAGAUAGAUGGCAACAUUCUUUUCCUCUUUCAGUGGCAAUUUAAUAGUUAUUCAUGUUUGAGUUCCCAGAGAAGAAUGAUUUCAUGUAUAGUAAAUUGUUACUGUUUUGUUUUAAAGCCAGGACUUGCCAAUGGACAGAAAAGAGGAAUUUGUCAGAAACUCCAUAAAUUCAUUUUCUUUAUGCAUAGUUGCUGGUGAGCUUUGGUAUGGUUCUUGAAUAACAGUAUUAAUGUUUAAAUCCCUUACCAUAAGCUUACCUUCACAAUUGUUCAUUUUGAUUGGAACCCAUUUUGGAUCUUGUUGAGUGAUUUCUGUGAAUUGUACUUACCUAAAAUUAAUUAUGGGUUACUAGUUUUACAAAAACUUUCUACAAAUUUGGAGACACAGUCUAGGCAGUUGCAAAGAGGCAAAGGGAAUGCAGUGACAUUUUUUAUCAGAUGAUUUUUAAACAAACAAAAGUAGGAAAUUUUGACAAGUUGGCUUGAUAUCUUCAUUCAUUAUAGCCGUUAGCUGCAGGUGUGUCUUUCCAAUAUAUGCAACACAUGUAGUUUGGGUUUUAAUUAGAGCAAAUGGUCUUGGACUACUGCAGAGAUACUGAGCUACCUCAGCUUUUUGUAUUUUAGUUACCAGUAGUGUUUACAGAGUCCUGUAAUCACUUUGCCACCGUUUACAUGCUGAAGCUAAGGUACUUGUCUCCUUGUCCCUGGCUGUUUGUAGUGUGUUUGUCGCCAGCGCAGAGCACACACUGGCCGUAGGCUACUGCAGUAAUCUUAAGUGCUUCUUUGCAUUGACAUUUUGCGCCUUCUAAUUAUAGCUUAAUUUUUUUUAAAUGCCACUUUUUUUCUUUAUACCUAGUCUAUGAAGUUUUCAUAAUAUUCAGUUAGUCAUAUAAUUCAAGAUGCUACUCAUGUAGACACACUGUAUUUUUAAGGUGGGCAAGUGCGAUUAACAAUGAACCAUUUUAAAGGGGAGGUUAUUUGAAACCUCUAAUUUGAUUAUUGGGAGGAUUUUCAUGCUUUCUUUAGUAUUUAUUACCAUCAUACCAGUUCAGACUAUUUUACUGUCUAAUACAUUAGCAUUUUGUAUUUUGAUGGAAAUUGUUACAGAAUUUAAAGAUUUGAUGAAAUAAGAUGUAGCAGAUUUUUUGUAGCAAGUUUCUGCUAAAAGGGUUUUUUGCAAGUCUCAGGUUCUUGCUGCACUAUUUUUUUUUAAAUAUUUAUUCCAGUUACUCUAAUUCAGAAGCAUUCUGUUCAAGUAACAGCAGCACUUGUGAAAGGAAAAAAAAACGCACAUAUUCUUAGUAGGUUACUAAAUUUGUACCAGUUAAUUAAGAUUUUAGCCAUCAGUGGGUUUGACAAGGGAAAUUUAUUUAUGUUCAGCAUUAAAAUGCUUCCAAAAGAUCAAGUUUUUUUAUUUUAACCUUUAUAUAGAUGGAGAAAUAGGAGGCAACCUCAGUAUGAUAGAACUGCCACUUUGAACAGUUUAGGUCUUAAAGAGAAAGCCAAUCUAAUGCCAAGGGGAGAAAAAUUCGCUGAAAUUGUAUCAACUCCUCCACUCCCCUUCCCCUGCCCCCACAAAAACAAAAAAAACAAAAAAAAACCCCCACACAUACCAGUUGUGCUUACUUUACAGAUAUCUGGUGGUUCUAUAGUUAAAGCAGCUUGUGAAAUUAUCCAAGUGGACUCAGUUUUGUUUACCUUUCUGUAAGUUAAUUUUUGCUGUAUAGCAUUGGCAAAAAUAUGUACAAAUUGACCUCUGUUCUUAUUUCCUAUUGUGAGCAUUAUAAAUGAUAGCUCCUGUGUAAAACUUUGCUCUCAGAUCAGUAAAAUAUGUAUCACAGCACAGCCCAACAGUAGUUAAUGCUCAGCUGUGGGGACCGUGGGAGCUUUUUGAAGAUGGAACCGCACUAGGGUUGAAACUGAUGGCUGUGGAGUUAAUUGUGUUUUGAGCUUGAAUCUCACCUGUGAUUAAUUUUUGUUUUGUUUUAUGUCCUUUCAUGACUUGAUUUUUCUCAUAUGCCAAUGUAUUUGUAGGUUUACUGGAUUUUAUUUUUAGGGAGUGGGGUGGUAAUAUCUUCCCAUUUUUUGAUUAAGUUGGUUCAGCUAUGGUGCUAUUCAGUAGGUAUCUUCGGUGUCCGGUCCCGUAGCUGAAUGCCAUUGUUAUUAUAAUUUGUAAUCACAUUGUAAGCUUGAAUUUGGACUUGUACCUGCAUCUUUUGUAUUUUGUACAUUCAGUUAUUUAGAUUUUUGGGAGUCCUUUUUGGUUUCAGUCAUGUAUGUCUACUUUGUAGAUUAAGUAGACUUCAUCAACUCUGGUCUGUUUUGGGUUUAUAGUUUAAUUUAGAAUUGUGUUAAAUUGAUGUUUUGCAUUUGACUUCAUUUUACAUUAGUUUGAAGUAAAUUAUUUAAUUUUUGAAUUCUGGAAUUUUGAACAUUUACUGUAAUUUGUAAUAUAACUGCUGUGAAAUACUUGAAUAAAGAUGACAAGAAAAACC